GUCUCUUGCGAGUAAACAGUAACAGUUUAUUUAGAAAAGUGAAGAGAGCAAAGAGCACAGAUAGAUCACUUCACAAUCCACUGUAGCAACCACAAGCAGUACCUCAACGUAGUCUACACACUGAAGGAAAUAAUCCAAACGACAUAAUCCACUCGCGAAUAGAACAGGAGUCUCAGCAGGAAAACUGGGAAAACAGGUGUACCGCUUAAAGGCGAAGCGAACCUGUAGUGCCGGAGAACAGGAUCAAAGUGCAUACAAGACUAUUCCACAGCCGAAACACAGGAUGACAGAAUCCGGAGCGGGGAAAACCCUCAGACGCCAGUGACUGAACCUGGAGCGAGAAUAGAGAGGUGAAACAGAGACAAAUGAGCUGGAACCCUGGACAGCGAGCGUGACAGAGAUCAUCCGACAAUGAGCGCGUGACAAAGACAGGACAAAAGGGCUAUAAAUAGAAAGGCAGAAAAUGAGACACGGCUGGAGGAUAAUUAGUGAAACAAGUGGGAGGAGUGAAUGCACAUGAGAGGAUCCAUCACCAACAGGAUUUGCUGCAUUCUGUUAAUCCAUCACCAAUGGAGAAGUUGCUUCAUUUUCUGCUCUUCUCAGGAUUCUGGAUGUUCAUACAGAGCAUCUCAAAUAAAUUUCUUUUCAUCCAGGAGAAUAAGACCUGGGAUGAUGCACAAGCUUACUGCAAAAAGUAUCACAUUGACUUGGCCACGAUUGCAAGCAGUGAAGACCAGACAAGUCUACAAGAAGCGGUUAGCCCUGCGCUGCCUCCAUUGGCUUGGACUGGAUUGGGACAAAGUAAUAACAGUUGGUGGUGGAAAUAUCAUGGUGUGAAUGUGACAGUUGGAUGGAAAGUGUCAUUAUCAUUCUGGAAGCCUGGACAGCCAGACAACUCAGAUGCAAAAUCGGAUUGUGGUGUCAUCAGUGCCAGUGGAUGGGACGAUACAGCAUGCGAUCAAAUGUUUCCAUUUUUUUGCAUCAAUGAGAGCAUAGCAGAGAAGUUUGUUUUUAUACCUCAAAACAUGUCACGGGAUGAUGGUUGGGAUUACUGCACACAGUAUCACUCAACCCUGGCCACCAUUUAUAAUCGAACUGAAAAUGACCUGCUGGUAAAUAUGAUGGUAGGAUAUGAAAAAGCAUGGAUUAGUCUCGGUAAGGCCAAGUGGUGGUGGUCAGAUGGAACAGAUAUCAACAUGUUCCCCAUAACCUGGAGCGCUGGACAACCUAACGUGACUGGCCCGAACCCACCUUGCGGUGCUGCAGCUCUUGAUGGAUUUGAUGAUCGACUCUGCUCAGAGACCCUUCCAUUUAUCUGCUUACGUCAUACAAAGCAGCAGAUCAUGAGAGUGGAGUUGAAAUCGAGUCAGAAUCUAAAUGACCCUGCAGUGAUGGAGACCAUCUUACAGUUGGUGGUGACAUGCUGCCCUAGGAUCCGUCUCUCCCACACGCCUUGUCUUUUCUGCGUAACAUCAGCCAAAAGCUCCCCUGCUCUGCCUCCUCUGCCAGGUCUUUCAAGGCCUUCUGCAGCUUUGUGCCUCUGACACCGAGAGUCUUAAGGAAAUGCUGCAUGGAAGUUCCAGUGAAGCCCCUCCUACCAACCUCCAAUGCAAUGGUAUAUGCUCUCCACCCAGCUUGUGUGCAUGCGGAUGCCUUUUCCUGAAAUGCUGUUUCUAUCCCAUCUCCCCAUGGAACAGUUAGCUUGGCCAUGAUGACAGUCUUCGUAAGGUGGACCAGAUUACAAUGUUGGGUCAAAGAAAUGUUAUAAAAAUCUGCUGUCGGAACUUCAGUUGGCAAGUUAAGACGUUGCAUGUACGGAGGAGCAAGAUUAUGGAGGGCUUUGAAGGUGAGUAGUAGUACUUUGUAUUUAAUCCGGGAUGAAACUGGUAGCCAGUGGAGCUGAUGGAGAAUGGGGGUGAUAUGGGCAGAACGUUUUGUAUGUGUAAGGAGCCUGGCUGCAGAGUUUUGGAUAUAUUGCAAUCUUUGAAGGGAUUUGGUGGGGAGACCAAGGAAAAGUGAAUUACAGUAAUCUAAGCGGGACAUGACGAAGGAGUGAACCAGAGUCUGUGCAUCACUGACAGAAAGGAAGUGUCAAAGGCGGGCAAUGUUACGGAGGUGAAAGAAGGCAGUUUUAGUGACUGAUUUAAUAUGAUGGUCAAAGCUUAGAGUGGAGUCAAAUGUAAUCCCAAGGUUUUUGACAGUCGCGAUAGAGUGAACAGGUGAAUCAUCAAUAUUAGGUGUGAAAGUGUACGGUUUAGAGAGCAUGCUUUUAGGGCCAAUCAGCAGAAUUUUUGUUUUAUCCGUGUUGAGUUUAAGAAAGUUGUUUUGCAUCCAUGUUUUUAAGUCAGAAAGCCAGUCAGUGAGUGAGUGAGUGUGGGGGGGAUCAGAGGGUGAAGUGGUAGUAAGAGUUGAAUGUCAUCUGCAUAGCAGUGGAAGUGUAGACCGUGGCUGCAAAUAAUCUGAUCAAUAGGGAAGAUGUAUAUGAGAAAAAGGAGUGGCCCGAGAACCAAACCCUGAGGGACACCACGAGUGACUGAGGACUGGGAAGACUUAUGUGAACCAAGUGCAACAAAUUGCUUUCUGUUUGUGAGGUAUGAUUGGAACCAAUUUAGGGCUGUGCCAGAAACACCAAUAGCAGACAGACGGGAGAUUAAGACAUUGUGAUUUAUUGUGUCAAAUGCAGCACUAAGAUCGAGAAGGAUGAGAAUAUUAACCCUUGUGUGGUGUUCAUAUUUUUGUUACUUAGACAAUGUUUGUGGGUCUAGUGGACCCAGAGCAUUAUUAGUAUCUUAAACCAAUGCAGUUAUACAAAUUUAUGUAAUAUUGUUUACAGAUGUUUACUUUAGCCUUAUUGCAAGUAACAUAGACAGAAUUUAUGGUUAAUAUUUGUCAUUUACCACUGGUAGAGGACUAUUAAUGAACUAAAGUGCCAUUCGUUUUUGUGAUAAUGUGAAAUAAAAGAAGAAAAUUGUAUUCUGAUCCAGAUAUUGAUGGAAAAACAUGUUAAUCUUAAAUAAGUAUAAAUUAAAAUAAGUUUUUCAUCACAGUUGAUGUUUAAUUCUUUGAACUCUUCGAAAUUGUACACAUUUGUGUCAGUCUCCACAGCACAGGCCUCAACUGAACAGAUGUCGUAUCAUAAGAUAUUAUCCACACUGAACAGAUAACCUGUUCAUGCCAGCCAACACAACACAUAAGAAGCUAAUUUUUACUGUGUAGUUGUGUUGCUUAUGCAUUUCUUGAAUUUUGUACACAUAUAUUGUGUACAUCUUAUGUUCACACACAUUGCAGUACAAUGUGUUGCAUUUGGCCACAACUUAGAAUGAUGAAAAUACAUGGAUAAUAUUUUACUUUCUCUAUUAUUCACUCUGCCUCACACACACAUGCUCACACACAUCUUUGUGGGACAUUUGGUCCCCACAACGUAAUAAAUACAAGCUACACACACACACACACACACACCAUAGGUUUUGUGGUAAACCCAUGGUUUUACAAAUGGCAAUAAAUAUACCAAAUAACCAUGAUUACUACUCUUUUACUACAAUAAAACUAUGGAUUUUUUUGGAAGGGAGAUAAUGGUAAAAUGGUUCCUGUUAGACAGAAGGUAAAGUGUUUUGGACAGUGGGUACAGACAAAUGUUCAUGCACGGUAUAUAACAUGUUGUAUCCUUGCGCUGUUACAGCAAGUGCAGAAGGACAAAACUCUGACAUGCAUACAUCACAUAUGUACAGACAUAUAUACAAACACACUCAUGCACUCACAGGAGUCACAGGUAGGAGAAAAACAAAGUGAAAUUACAUAGAACAUUCAUUUUUUACACUUUUAUUGCCCCCGAGUCCAGUGGACCCGAACACCACAUAUGUAAUAUAAAUGUGUAGGGGGGGGUGUACAGUCAUUAUAAAGUUAAUUAUUUUUAUGUUCUUUAUAGAAAAUGAGCCAAGGCCAAUGAAUCUGAGGUUGAAACAACAAUUAAUUGCAUAAUUUUUCUUUCAGUAAACAUUAAAAACGGGUCCCACAGACCUGAACACCACACAAGGGUUAAGUGAGCCGGAGUCCACAGACAGAAGAAGAUUGUUAACUAUGCGUAGUAGGGCAGUCUCUGUACUAUGACACGGGAGGAAACCAGAUUGAAAAGGCUCAUACAGGUUGUGAUGGUUUAGAAAAUUGUGAAGUUAUGAUGCCACCACUUUUUCUAAUACCUUAGCCAGAAUGGGGAGGUUGGAGAUAGGACGGUAGUUUAACAGUGAUGUAGGGUUGGAAUUUGUUUUUUUGAGAAUGGGUGUAAUUACAGCGAUUUUGAGUGCAGCAGGGACAUUACAGAAUUGAGACAGGCAUUUAUAAUCAGUGUAAUCGGUACAGCUAGGGAUCUGACACAGGCCUUAAGUAAAGGGGUGGGGACAGGAUCGAGCUGACAGGUAUGAUGUUGACAUGCUGGCUUUGUUCACUUCGAGUCUGCUAGCUUCCGCAUGACGCGGUCAUGGCGCCACCCAUGCCGGCUCUGAGUCGUCUUAAAGCCAGAGAGGAUGUGUUGAAGGCUGGGACUCUGGUGGCCACAGAGCUGGCAAGACUCUUCUGUCCCAUACCAACGGUGCAGGUUCUGGGGGCUUGGGAGGGUAUCAUAGGUGGCCCUGAUCAAGAAAGUUAACCUUCCUUGGGGGAGCUUCCACAGGUCGGCUCGGAUGAUGGUCCUGUCUAUUACGGCCUCCUAGGUCUUCAAUUUCCCUUGCUGAGAUUGGCUCACAGCUUUAACCCCCUGGGGUCCAAAAACGCGGGGCCGCGUUUUGACGUGUUUUUUCCUUAUCAUGGCAGAAUCAACUUAAAAUACUUCAUCAUUAAUAAUCAUACACUUACGUGUUUGACAUCAUUUGAAACGGUAAAGGGUCUUCUUUAAUAUGUGUUCAUUCACAAUAACAACAGAUCUUUGUGUUUUUGUCAAAUAAAGAAAAUAAACAGGGUGUGCAUCCAGACAUUUCUGUCUCCGCCAGCUGUCUCUCAAAACACGUUACAAAAAUCCAUUGAAACGAAUACUCGUCACACAAGCAUGAUACACAUAUCCAAAGAAAGCCUGAAAUGUCUACUUUUAAACAAGCUAAAUAUAAUCAAAAACAAAUAUUGCCUGUUUAUGUAAUCUGCAUUGAAGUAAAGAGAGUACCGUUUUUCCUGGCUGACUUCAUUAUCUUUAAUUUGGUCACACCCACAGCUGUUGACAUGGUAAUGAAGACACGAGCUGUUCAUAUAACAAUAACAAGCAAAGCGUAAAGUUUGAUGAGAUUUAAAGACUUUUUACCGCAUGUUUGGAUUAUAAACUUUAUUCACACAUGUGAGGAAUAUCUUCAUUUAUGUCUGGACAUUGAGAAAGAGAAGAAUUUAUCUUUAACAUUACCUAAGAAGAACAAUGGAGAACGCACUGCUGGAUUAGAAGUAAGUAACGUUGACAGAUAAUUUAUACCAUUUAUAUUUGCUAUCAUGUAACUUAAUAUGCUCAUGGCUUGUGCAGUUCAGCCUACAUACAGUAACGUUAAGCAACCUUAGCAGACUACACGCUUCGGAUUGAAAAACUUUUGUUGUUUACAAACGGACGCAAUCUCACGUAAUGGCGGAUUUCACUGUUGCAUGCUGUAACAGUGUUAAACACAGUUAUUCACUUAUAUCCUUCAUGGAAACUUUCAGUAAACCUGAACUACUGUAUCUUUAAGUGUGUGCUGUAAUAUGAUUCCAUGUUUACAUGCUUAUUUACAAACGAGUACGCGUGACCUCCCAUAAUAGCGGAUAUCUGUUACAUGUUGUACAGUGUUAAGACACAGUUAUUCACUUUCGUAUCUGUCAUGGCAACUUUGAGUAAAUGCUGCACUGCGGGAUUUGCUGUAAAAUGAUUCCAUAUUGUUUACAUGCAAGGUAAUUCCAUACAUUGCGCUUUACA